AGUUCUUGUAUUCAACGGAAUGGAGCCAGAUUGGGCAAAUUUAGAAGCACUUGCACUCGGAUUGAUUUUAGAUAAAUUGGAAUGGGUAGAUCAUAUUUGGUUUGGUGCUGUGUGCAAGAACUGGCUAUCAGUUGUAAAGCUUAACCAUCAAAAUCAACAAUUAAGAACUAGUAUUUUACCCAUGCUUAUGAUCCCAAAAGCAAAUCUAUGUUUGUAUGGCAUUUCAACCAAGACAACAUAUGAAUUUCAAUUACCAAUUCCUUAUUAUGAUAAUUGUUGUGGAUGUAGUCAUGGAUGGAUUGCAACAUUCGAUAGAAAAUACCAUGCAUACUUUGCUAUGGAUAUUGUCAUAACUAUGGUUAAUUCUUUUAAGAGUGUUUCUCCUAUUACUCUUCCACCUCUCACAACAUGUAGUGAGCGUCAUUAUGAAGUACAACAAUUGCCCAAGGUUACUCUUUCUGCCGAUCCUAUAACAAGUCCAAAUGAUUACGUAGUUGCAGUAAUUUAUUCAAAGUGUAACCGUCUUUCUAUUUUAAAAGCGGGACAAACCAGUUGGACAUCUAUAGGUAAGUUCAACUUCAAUCUUUACUUUAUGGAUGUCAUAUUCUAUGGAGAUAUGGUAUAUGGUUUGACUAAUCAGAAAGGUGUAUUAUCCUUCAAUCUUAGUUAUUUAGACGACCCUGAUAGCGCAAAGGCGAUAAGUCCAAUUCCUGGUAUACGGUUUCAUAAAGAUUUGAAAUGUUAUCUUGUGAAGUCAUUAGAGGGAGAUUUGUGGUUGGUAAGGAAAUUUUUAGAUGACUGCAAUCAUAAUGGCAUGAUAAAAUUUGAAGUGUACAUGUUGGAAUUCGAUGUUCGAGGAAAAAAGAUUAAGCAGUUGGUAAAACUUGAGAGUCUUGGAGACAAUGUUAUAUUUGUGGGAGACUGUGAUUCAAUUUCUGCAUCAGCUUCUUAUUUCUCUGGUUGUUUGAAACAAGAUUCUAUCUAUUAUAUUAACAAGGUUAAGCAUUAUACGCCAUUUCAUGAAUAUUGUGAACCAUACAAUGUAGAAAUAUAUAAUGUAAAAGAUGGAAGUAUUUGUCAUCAGGAUCCAGAAUAUUCUUUUGUCAAACAUAUGCCCCCUCCUUUUUGGAUUUUAUUGCCUCUUCAAUGA